CUUGGGAGGGAAAGUAGAUACUUUCGUUAAGCGAAGGCAUAAAGAAAAGCUGGUCGGAUUUCUAAUCUGUUUUGGAGAAAUAUAGUCUAUAAAGACAGGUAGGGUAGGCUACUUAUAAACACAUUUAUUUUUGUAUCUCGCGUAAAGUAAUAAGACGUUGGUUAUAACCACAUUAUAAGAUAUAUAUUGGUGAGGUUUGAUUUUGGCAUCAUUCAAUUCAACGAUUGAUAACUUCAUGGCUUUGAUAGAAACUGAUACUGAUGGUAGCUGCAAAUUGAACGGGCCGUCGACAAUUUACGGUAGGAUUGGCACAAGAAGACAAGGCAAGACAGGCAUAACCGGUCAAAUGCAGCCCAAAGACACGGAAUAUUCAACAGAUGGGUUACCCAAAGCCUUUUUACACAGUCUGAGGACACUCUUUGACAUCCUUGAUGAUGGGAAGAGAGGAUAUGUGCACAUAUCGGAGAUUGAGAGUAGAUGGCAAGGGGCAGAUACUCAUGAUUUGUCCGGCGGGGUUCUGGAGUGUCUGAGGCUGGUGGCCCCACCUCAUGGCUGCCUGACAUUUGAGCGCUUCGUGGCGGGGCUGCGAUACUCCAUGCCGAAAGCGGACAACAACAACCACAUAAAGGCUCAGGUUUCCCUGCACCCGAAACAAGCACUUCUGAACUCCAAACGGCACCAUAUGCCAGCGCAAAAACCUGCCCCGCUCUCUACCUGCUCUGUCGGAACUCUGAUUGAAAACAAAGUUCGCCCACUGGGUCCAAGCAAUGGGACAAAUACGCAUCACAAACGCGCGUCCUCACUUCAGAGUCGUUCCAGACAUAAUGAGGGGAAAACUGGACACCCACCAGUCACCUCGGUCGUAGGGGGUCCCGUGCGUUACACCAAUACGGGUUAUGAGAGAACAGGCAGAAGUUUGGAACGGAUAACCAUUGUGCCCGAAAGCGGUUCAUAUCGAGCGGAUUCGGUUCGGAUGGGGAAGCAGACGCAUCCACAGAAGAGUCGGUUGAGGUCCACAGAGUCCCUUGCUCUCGAGUCGUCAAGUCUCCAAAAACCAAGUAUUGUGGAGGCUGGGUUACCGAGGUCCCAGAGUGAGUCAGUCACGGGAUUCACUGUCUCCAGACGCCAUGGGCGGAGCCGAGAUGAGCAGAGACGCCACACCAUCACCAACGGGGUGGAUUAUGGAAUGCUGAAGCAGAUGAAAGAGUUGGAGCAGGAGAAGGACUCUCUGCUGGCCGGUCUGGGCGUGGUGGAGCGGGCUAGAGAGUGGUACCAGACUCAGAUCCACAACGUCACCGAGAGACAGAGACACGUGGGCCAAAGCAACCACUGCACGGAUUCCUUUGCAGAAUCCCAGAAUCAAAGUCACAGGAAUGUUCUGCUUCCCAAGCUGCAGGAAGUCAACCGUUGCCUUAAUGACCUAAUUUCCUGCUCUGGAGUGCAGUCUUUCCCAUCCUCCUGCUCCCAGCCCACAGUGAUCUCCUCCAGCUCCCAGCCUCCUGCCCCCCCACAAGCCAUUCAGAGACUAAAGGACCAGAACCGCCUUCUCACCCAGGAGGUGACAGAUAAGGGUAAGCGCAUCACUCAGCUGGAGCAGGAGAAGUCUGCUCUGAUCAAACAGCUGUUUGAGGCUCGCGCCCGGAGCACGCAUGACAGCAGCACCAUGGACUCCACCUUCAUCUGAAUACGGACACCAUAAUACAACCACACUGGGCUCCAGCUCUAUCUGACCCCCCCCCCCCCCAGUCACAACAAAACAACUGUAUCAGCUGUACCACUCCUACUGGAUUCCACACUCAACUUACCACUUCUGUCAUGAUGAAAGCACCUUGAACUUUUUACCCCGCAUUGUACCACUCCCUUUGGAUCUCCCCAACUGACCACUCCACUUAAAAUGGCCUGCACACUAAUCUGGGCCGGCCACUCCUUGAGGGGAGGGACCCCCGAGGCAACCCUCCUAUAAUACAGUCAGCCUCACCCACUGGGCAAAAAUCCAGGAACACCACAGUCUUACCACUCCUAAUUGGGGCCUUCCCAGGAUUCCACUCCCACUUGAUCACUCCAAGGAUCUACUGUGAUGCACUAGGAUCCUACCUUAUUGGACCAGCCUUUAUGUUUACCCUCCCUCUCAUCACAGUAUAUCCUAUGUGAUUGGACAUCAUGGACUACAUUUAAAACCGCGACAGGGAGCUACAGGAUCCCAUCCCUGCCAAUCACCAUGACAACAGCUGCUGUACAAAAUACAUUUGGUAGAGGGACUUCCGGACCGAUACACACACCACACUAAAAAUGUAGAUUUUUUUUUUUAAAUGAAAAAGUUGAUGUGCUGUGAUCUACCAUUCCAACACAAUGUUGUUAACCAUUUAAUCCAGAGACUUUGAUCCCGGUCACACAUUGGUCGAUAUUUCUCCCCUUCUAUUCCAAUACACCCAGUUGUGUACCUCAAACCUUCAUUGAAAUGGUUGAUAUGAUGAGAAGCUGAGCUCUCCUGACCUGGAGGGCACAGUGACUGUGCAGCAUCUCAUUUAUGUCUCUCUAUGUGCCCUUUAAGUGACGCACCAGUUUAUAUAGCCUAUUGACCACCAUUUUAGAAGCAGAGCAGCGUGUAAAUGUCACAUUUUGUUUCCCUUAAAGUGAAUGUAUAUUGAGAACACCAAAAGGUCCUACAAGCCAAGGGGAUCGAGUAGUGGAGAGGGUAAGAGAGAGGUUUGCACGUAGAAGAGACUUGAAGAUGAGAAGGAUUGGUAUAUAUUGAAUGUGCAUUGAGCCCUGGUCCUCAGCGGCAGUGUGACCACUGGAGCAGGGCGUGGCUCAGAGAAGAGGGCUGUUGUGUUGGCUAGUGGAAUUAAAGUGACUCCUUGGUUAAUAGGCCUCUAAUGUAAUGAUUCAUGCAAGACUGGUUUUAUCGUGCCACUUCGCCUCUGUGGUGUCCUGGAGCCUUUGUGUAAAAAAAAAAGAAGAAAAAAAAAAAGAAUGUGUGAUCCCACUUUCUGUUCGUCCUGUACUAACAUGGUAUGUGAGACUUGGUUCCCUGAGAGGUGAACACAAAGCACAGGUGCAACCGCUCUUUACUGCUGUUCUUCAUAAUGGUCCCACUAAUCCAGGAUAAUAAACCACAUGGUCGACAGGGGCCGCUCAGUCUUGAACCCCCUUUUUAACUGAGAAUGUUUUUAUUUUUAUUUUUAGUGGCUGUAGAUUGCUAUGUAACGCAGCUAUGUGAUGAUGUUGCAGUGCAACUUGUAUUAGGUACUGUCGUGAUGUCUGCAUACCAAUACUCUCUGCUGUGACUGACUGCCUGUGGCUGACUGCUGUGACUGACUGCUGUGACUGACUGCCUGUCUGUCUCUCCUGUUUGAUUGUAUGUCUUUGGUCUCGUUAUUAUCUCGAUGCACAUGAGUAUAUGAGUGAAUGCCACCCUAUCCUUUCCUAUUUCAAUUGAAGUAUUCCCACUUGACUGUAAAAUAAACACCAAAAGGUGCCAAUAAGGUCAUACUAUCGAUCAGCCACCUUUUCAUCUAUUUUGUGGUGUUUUACCUUGUGAUUAAUUUAGCCUUGCUUUUUCAUUCCGUUGUAUUCCAGGGUUGAUCCAGAUGAGGGUCAUCGGUAGUAGGGUGGUUUUAAGAUGUUAUAUUAGCCUCUUGUUGAACAAAGUUGACUUGAUUUAGAAAGCAGUGACCUCUAUGCAGGUGGAUGUUAUGGGUCAGGAUGGUGACUGAACAGCUUUUGGCCUCCAAGUCGUGUUUUUCAACCAGAAUCUUGCAAACUCUGGGUUGCAGACUGAGUAGGUUAAUUGACGUUUAUGAACAUUGAUAACGAAAUUCUCAUAACAGCAUGGCACAGUUGGGAGCUUAUAAAGUACGUAGGACCUGUUAAUUUACUCCUAAAUAAACUCUCCAACCUCUUUUCCAGUAUAGCAGAUAUUUAGAAAGUGAAGGAAAAUAUAAAUAAUUCUUAUUUUGGUUAAAAAUGGUUUAUACAGACAGCACACUGGGCAAAUAUUUCACAUUUGGAUUCAUAUUUGAUUUGUUGUUGUCAGCAAACAUGAAUUCAAUUUAAAAAUCAACCAAACAGUAAAACCCUCUUGUUGAUUUGUGGUUGAAACCAGUGUUGAAUUUAAACCAUUUCUGCAACAUCAAUCAAAAGAGCCAUAUUUGACGCGGUGUUUACGUUGAGGGGAACAACAAUGUGCGGGGGUGUCUAUGGAAAACUUUAGCAUCUUAUUAAAACUGUUGACACACAAACGUCUUAAUAAGAAAGUGUGUAAGAGGACAGGUAUUCGAGGACGUGUAGCUUUGUCUUGAACCAGGCUUCCCUAAAACAGGUGUGACAACAACGUGGUUUUGGAGGUAUGGCAACGCGAGACUAGAUGGCAGGUAGUAGUGCUCAUGUGUGGAGAGAAAGAAGACUGUCUUGUUUAUCUGGAUAGAAUUACUGAUACAUUUGCAUCUGAUACUCUUUCUUCCUCUUCUUUUGUAAAACUCUUUUUGUCGGUGGCUGCCAGUAAAUAGCACCAUUAAAUAAUCACACACAUAAUAGCGCUUAACUAAUUGACUGUUUUUUUUCUCCAAAUUGUUCUUUCUGAUCAAAUAAAAAAGCAACCCGUGCCAAGUUGAUGGACAGGUUGAAAUGAAUAA